AUGGCUGCUUCAAGCAACUGCUCAACCGGACUCUUGUUGAUCGUAGCAUUAUUGUCCUUAUCAAGCAUAUCGACAAGUCAUGCUUCUCGUGGCCUACUGCAACUUCCCAACUUGCCUACGAUCCCGUCAUUGCCUCAACCAACAAUGCCACAAUUGCCAAAUAUUCCAAAUUUGCCCGCAACAUUGCCACCAUUGCCAAGUGUAACAUCUCUGCCAACACUUCCAACAGCUAAUUCACCUUUACCUUCUUUGCCUACAUUGCCCUCUGUCCCUAAAAUGACUCUGCCUCCCAUGCCCGCGAAUCCUCUGCCCAACAUGCCAUCACUUCCCAAAAUUCCAACCAUUCCAACACUUUCACCUCCUCCAUCUAACUAA